AUGGGUGUUAUCCUACUACCAGCGUUGAUAUCGGAUAUUGAGAAAGUGUACGAUGUUUAUUUCGCAGCCUUUAAUAACGAGCCAAUGGGAGAGAUCAUGCUCAGCAUACUUUUCCCUGGAGGCAUUACCCCGGAGUUCCGAAAGGAGCAUACCAAAGCAACUCGAGACUGGUGGCAUAAAAGCACCACCCAAUACACAGUAAAGGUGGUGGACGUUGAUAGUGGUGAAAUAAUUGGCAUGCUGCUUGUUGAUGGCUUUCUACAAGAGCGCUCUGUGGAAGAACGACAAUGGACUGGGAUACCUUGGCUUGAAGGUGCUGAGAAAGAGCGGGCUGAGGCCAUCACCCGCCCGCUGUGGGAGAUGAGAGAAAAGCUGUUUGGCGGAAGAAAAUAUAUCUAUGUCCACGUCGUAGGAAUCACACCGUCCUUCCAAGGUCUCAAGGCCGGGGCAGCUAUGAUUGACUGGGGCGUCAGAGUAGCGGAUACUUCGAAUUUGCCAAUCUACAUUGAGGCUUCCCCUUCCACAUGGACACUGUAUGAGCGUUUUGGGUUUGAGAGAAUAGGAGAAAAGCUAGUACACUCAAAGGAGCUUACCCGGACUGAUGACGAUAUUGAGGUGCCUCUAAUGGUCAGAAUGCCUGCUAUCGCACAUGGCAAGAAAUUUGAUGAUUGGAGAGCUGAGGGAUUUCCACCCUUCCAAGAAUAA